AUGAACCAGCGCAGCAGCACAGAGGCGCACGGUAACUCCAGAAGAGCUGCGGCUAAACUUAGAGAAUCUGUCGACAAGCAUCAGCGCUCCACACAUCUGACCUUUAUGGAAAGCGUGGGCAAGAAGAAGAACUCAAUAUCCUCCCUUCAGUGUCCAUUGAGAAGGAGAGUGCAGCCACAGCGCUGGUGGACGGGAACAACCUGCCCAGUUGUUGGAAACUUCUGGCUAUUAGGAAGGACAAACAGGUUGGCAUUGGCUGGGUGGUGGCGCAGGGGUCUGUCAUUUAUCAAAGCCUCCCUCCUGGUGGUCCCCACACGCAGUAAAGAGGACACCAACCCACUGAGCGAGGCGGCUCCGGCCCAACACGGAGACGGCUUCGUCCUGGACACGGCCACUUCAGCGGCAUCGCUCGGAAAGACGCUGAUUGUUGUGUUAGUCGCACAAAUGGACAGACUGGAGUGGCGAGCACAACACAAGGCAGGCGUCCCUGGUCCAGAGAAAGAAGACGGGCAAGCCAGAAGGAAAGGAGGGGAAAGCAAAAGAGCUGAGGACAAUAGUCAUUCUGUCCCCAGAGAGGACCUCCAGCCGUACUUCUGCCAGAGACAGGAAGUCCAGCAUAAUGUUUGCCAAACCGGAGGCUACGAGGGGUUCCCUAAAGGAAACCUGAGACGGCGGGACACCGGAUCACAGGAGGGACCCGGGCCCCCCUCUCUGCAUGUGCAGGUACAAUAGAAGCUGCUGCUCCAAGGACCAUUCAUCACGGGGCGAAGGACACGGACCCACUGCCUGUACAGUGACAUCACUGAACAGUGAAACGUGUCCCGUAAUGCACUUUCCCGAAGACAUCGGAAACGUAGAGGUCGGAUCUUCUUCCAUCGUAAAGCACGGCGAGCGACAGGAUGGAACAUGAGAUCGCCUUAUGGAUGGAUAAAAAACAGUUUCAAUUCAGAAGUUUCUAUGAGUUAAAAAAAAAAAACAACACCAACAACUUUGGAUUAUUGGAUGUUUAAAUGUAAAUUAAGUUUUGAACAAAUUAGCGAUUUUUUUAUGAGAGUGCCCUAAGAAAUUAAAAAUAAGAAAAUUCAAAUAAUGUCCUAACAUUGAAAUAAUAUGAGAUUAAAGUCAUAAUAUUGCGAUUUUAAUAUGAUAGUACUAUGAAUUUAUUCUCAUAUGACUUCAACUUUAUUCUCAUAUGACUUUAUUCUAGCAAUAUUGUGACUUUAUUCAUGUUAUUACGACUUUGCUGUCGACUUUGUGCCGCUUGAUUCCUGGUUUCUGUUUCGAUAAAGCUAAUGGUAGUUUGUGAUGGUUUUACUUUUUCUUUCUUUCUUUCCCCCCCGGUGUGACGUGGCUCAGAUUGUUGUUUUAUUACUCACUGUUUGUUUUUUCAAUUCAGCCUACCGAACGUGAAAGGCUUCCUCAACCGUCGGGCGAUGACACAGACGCAGGACUUGCUGACCAUCCCUCCUGACUAAUUGUUGCCAGGGCAACCGGCACGGACAACUGAAACCCAUCAAGACGGCGGUUGGUUUCGCGAUCACUGAGGGUGUGAGACUCGUCUGGGUUCAUGUCUGAAGAGCUUCCUACCUUGACCUGACUUUAAUGAAGUUUUACCUGAAAAGCCCGGCCCUGAUUUAUGCCGGGUCUGUCAACUCUUUAACAGAUUCCUGCGGCUCACUGGGAAGAGUAGUCAUGCUGCAAUUGGGAAAUUGUGGGCUUAUUUUUAGCUUCCUCCUUUUCCCCAGAUCAAUACGGCCUUGGGCAAGACACUGAGCCAGGAUGAGCCUUUAAAGAGCCUUUUAAGCACUUUAAGGGUUUGGUGCGACUGGAGAAGCAGUGUGUUAAAUAACCUGUCUGACAACACAAAGUAUGCUCAAAGAUCCCAAAUAGAAAACAUGAAAUGGUUUGUAAAACAAUUAGUCCAACCAAUUCCUGAGUCUAGGAACUUUGUUUUAUGGCACGAAACAUUCAAGUGCGUCAACGAAAUGAAAC